AUGAGUGAAUCCGCUGAUUCUAGUUCUAUGAGACUCCCAAUUAAACAACGUACUUACAAAGAUGCAAUUAAUGCGUUAAACUCUUUGCAAUCCAAUUUUGCUUCGAUUGAAGCGACAAAAAAAUUGGGUCCAAAUGUCGAUCGUAAUGCAUUAUCCAUCAAUGAAGUUUACGAGUUCACAAGAAGAUUGGGAUACAAACCUAGUGAUUUCAAUAAAUUGAAUAUUAUCCAUGUUACUGGUACUAAAGGUAAAGGUUCCACUUGUGCCUUCACUGAAUCAAUAUUGAAACAAUACCAACCACAUCAAAUCUCCAAGAUUGGGUUAUAUACUUCACCACAUUUGAAAUCAGUCAGAGAAAGAAUUAGAAUCAAUGGUGAACCAAUAGAGCAAGAGAAGUUUGCCAAGUAUUUCUUUGAAGUUUGGGAUAAAUUGUCAAGUACUAAAUCAGACCCUGAAAAAUGGCCUACUUUGCAACCAUGCGAUCAAGUCAAGCCAAUGUACUUUAAGUAUUUAACUGUGUUAUCAUUUCAUGUUUUCUUACAAGAGAAAGUAGAUACUGCAAUUUAUGAAGUUGGUGUUGGAGGUACUUAUGAUUCAACUAAUAUUAUUGAUAAACCAACAGUUACUGGUAUUUCAGCAUUAGGUAUCGAUCAUACAUUUAUGUUGGGAGAUACCAUCGAAAGCAUCACUGAGAAUAAAACAGGUAUUUUCAAAAAUGGAUCACCAGCCUUUGUAUCCAAACAAUUGGAAUAUCCCCAAUCUCACGAAUUGGUUGAAAAGAGAGCCAAAGAAUUAGGUGCUUCAUCAUUGGAAUUUGUUGAUACCAAGGAUUUACCAGAGAUUGAAUUAGGAUUAUCUGGUGAUUUCCAAAAACAAAAUGCUGCAUUGGCUAUUAGAUUAGCAAAUUCUCAUUUGAAAUCAAUUGGUGUUACUGAAGACUUACCAGAGUUUAAUUCAGAUGGAACAAUCAAAAAGUUAUCAGAAAAGUUUAUCACUGGUUUGAAAGUUGUAGAUUGGCCAGGAAGAUGUCAAAUUAUUGAACACAAUCCAGAAGGUAUAACAUGGAACAUUGAUGGUGCCCAUACAUUGGAAUCAAUCAAUGCUUCAUCAACAUGGUUCAGAACAGAACAAGAAAAGUUAACUACACCAAAUAUUAAAAGAGCUUUAUUGUUCAACCAACAAGGUAGAGAAAACUACAUUGAAUUGUUGGAAAAAUUAUACACUACUGUCUGUGGUGGAUCAUCGGAUAUUCAAUUUGAUGAUGUUAUAUUUACCACCAAUACAACAUGGUCAUCGGGUCAAUACAAUUCUGAAUUGAUUUCAAAAAACACUUCCGAAGAUGCUGUUAAGAAGCUCGAAAUUCAAAACAAUUUAAGUGAUGCUUGGGCUAAGUUGGAUGGUGGUAAAGCCAAUAGACAUGUGUUUGCAGAUAUUGAAACUGCUGUUGAAUUCUUGAAAAAGGAAUCUAAUGGUAACUUACAAGUAUUUGUAUGUGGAUCAUUACAUUUAGUUGGUGGUUUCUUAGUUGUCCUUGAUAAUGAAAGAGAUUAA